CGACAUGUCUGGGUGAGGUGACUUUUACGCACGCCGCUGAAAUGGAUCACAGACUCUCCAGAGGCAGCUGGGUACCCGUGACUGGUCUGGUUAUAUGUCUCCUCCUGUGUGCGUGCGUGGUGGACCUGGUUCUGGCGCAAAUCCGUUACUCCAUCCCGGAGGAGCUGGAGCACGGAGCCUUUGUGGGCAACAUCGCAGAGGACCUGGGUUUGGAUGUGGCCAAGCUGUCAGCGCGCCGCUUUCGGAUUGUCUCCGGCGCAAAGAAGCAAUAUCUGGAGGUGAACCUGGAGAACGGCAUCCUGUUUGUGAACGAAAAGAUAGACAGAGAGGAGCUGUGCGAACGGAGCCCGAGCUGCUUCCUCCACUUACAGGUGGUCAUUGAAAACCCGCUAGAACUCUACAGAGUGGAAGUGGAGAUUUUAGACGUGAACGACAACUCUCCCAGCUUCCCGUGGACCGAGUUUAACCUCGACGUCACGGAGUCCGCGGCGCCCGGCUCGCGGUUCCCGUUAGAGAGCGCGCAGGACCAGGACGUGGGCACCAACUCUCUGCGCUCCUACCAGCUGAGCUCGAACGCGCACUUCGCGCUGAACAUCCAGACGCGCAACGACGGGAGCAAGUUCGCGGAGCUGGUGCUGGACACCCCGCUGGACCGGGAGCAACAGAAAAAACACGACAUGGUCCUCACAGCGUUUGACGGAGGCUCCCCCGAACGCUCCGGGACGGCGCUCAUCACCGUGACAGUGUUAGAUGCCAACGAUAACGUGCCCGUGUUCGACCGCUCCGUUUACAGGGCGAGUCUGGUGGAAAACGCACCGAGAGGGACGUUGGUGCUCAAACUGAACGCCUCAGAUCUGGAUGAGGGCUCGAACGGGGAAGUUACCUAUGCGUUUAGUGGGCACGCGCCUCUCAAGGUGCGCGAGCUGUUCAGCGUGGACCCGUAUAUGGGGGAAAUCCGAGUGAAGGGCGUUGUGGACUACGAGAAAGCCAGCGUGUACGAGCUUUACGUACAAGCUAAAGACAGGGGGCCGUCGGCUGUGGCCGUGCACAGCAAAGUGCUGGUUGACAUCCUGGAUGUGAAUGACAACGCGCCCGAGGUCAUCCUGACAUCCGUGUCCACACCUGUCCAGGAAGACGCGCCUCCGGGUACGGUGAUUGCCGUGAUCAGCGUGAUGGACCGAGACUCCGGGGAGAACGGGAACGUGGACUGCCAGAUCCCGAGCAACGUUCCCUUUCAGCUCCACACGUCUUUUAAAAACUAUUACACUCUGGUGAGCAGCGAGUCGCUGGACAGGGAGACUGUCUCCGAAUACAACAUCACCCUCACCGCACGAGACCUGGGCUCUCCAUCGCUCUCCACCAGAAAAACGCUUCUGGUUCAAGUGUCUGACAUAAACGACAACCCCCCGCGGUUCUCCCAACCUUCAUACACAGUUUAUGUGACCGAGAAUAACGCCCCCGGCGCCUCCAUUUGCUCCGUCACUGCGUUCGACCCCGAUUCGAACCAGAACGCCUAUCUGUCCUACUCUAUCCUGGAGGGUCAGAUUCAGGGCAUGCCCGUGUCCACUUACGUCUCCAUCAACUCGGACAACGGCAACAUCUACGCGCUGCGCUCUUUCGACUAUGAGCAACUCAGAAACUUUCAGAUCCUGGUGCAGGCGCAGGACGCAGGCUUCCCCCCUCUCGCCAGCAAUGUCACCGUGAAUGUCUUUGUCCUCGACCAGAACGACAACGCGCCUGUCGUCGUGUCUCCGCUGCCCAAAAACGGCACGGUGGCGACGGAGGUGGUCCCGCGCUCUGUGGACGCGGGGUAUCUGGUGACCAAAAUAACAGCUUUGGACGCGGACGCGGGGCAGAACUCCCGGCUGUCCUACCAGGUGCUGCAGGCGACAGACCCGGCUUUAUUCAGCGUGGCUCUGUACACUGGAGAGAUCAGGACCAUACGCCGCUUGGCUGAAAAAGACGCAACAAGGCAAAGACUUGUGGUGUUAGUGAAGGACAACGGGCAGCCACCGCUGUCCGCCACUGUCUCCAUUGUCCUCACAGUUGUAGAGAGCGUGCCAGAGUCGCUGUCAGAUUUCGGAGACCUCAUCAGCCCAAAGCCCCCCUCAAACCUCGCCCUCUACUUGAUCGUGUCACUGAGCACAAUCUCUUUAAUUUUCCUCCUGGCUAUUAUAGUGCUGGCUGCGGUCAAGUGCUAUAAGGACAGAGAGACCCACAGCGGGUAUAACCUGCCCCCCUUAGCCUGCUGCUGCUGCGGGGGGUUUCAGCCGGAGCCGCCCCCUGAGGUGUUUAAAAAGUCCAACCUAAACCUGCAGAUCUCCUCCGCAGCUAAAGUCCCCACGAACUGCAUGGAGGUGAAUGGAAACGGCAGCUUCUCUCAGUCAUAUUGUUAUAAAGCGUGUCUGACUCCCGAAUCAGCCAAAAGUGACUUUCUGUUUGUGAAGCCGUGCAGCCCGAGCAGCACGCCGCGGAACAACGAGGCGAAGAGCGCGGAGGGCGCGUGGAACAGCCGGAGCGCGUCUGUGAACAACGGAGCCGCGACCCCCUGCGAGCUGAAGCAGCCAAACACAGACUGGACUCUUACAAAGACUCAGAACUCAUCUAUCAAAAGUUACAACUCCAUCAACAUGGAUGGCACCCUCAUGCGUAAGGCCAUGCAUGCAGACCCAGAGAACUACGUCACCUCCAUGGCACCUGGGCAGUACUGGACCUGGGGAAACCACAUGAAACGCACAAAAGACUUUAAGAUGUCUCCUUCACCCAGUGGCCUCACCCCUCGCCCCUGGACUCCUCGCUGCACACCUCCUCCCCAGCAGCAGCAGCCAUCGCUUCCCUCCCACCCGCAGCCCCACCCACACCCGCCGCCCGACUACCACCACAACGUCUACAUCCCCGGAACACCGUCAGGCUUCUGCACCCUGCGGCCCGCCGUACACCGAAGCGAGCUGGACGUCCACAACUCUUUCUCCACGUUUGGCAAGAAGCGGCGGCUGCAGAUGUCCCCCCAGGGGGAGGCUGCAGUGAUAAAUAAUGAUCUGUACAAUGACUGACUCAUCAAUGACUGCCUGAAAGGAUGAUUGAGAUGAUGGAUAAACUCACGAGGAAAGCAGAAGGAGAAACCAUUCAGUUCUCAAACUAGUUUGAUUUAUGAGCGGUUUGAAAAUGGAGAUGAACAGCAAUCUACCGAGGGAUAGAAAUAAUUAAUGGACUGUCUCUUUUGGAGAUAAUGAUUAUUUAUGUGACACGCCACUGCAACAUUGUCAUUGUGUCUGUUGUUAUUGCAGCUGAUUACAACAUUUAUUACAAUUACUAUUAUUUAGACAAUCAAAC